CCAACUGCCUCUCCUCACUCAUCAUUGUCCCACCUUACUGCCUUCCACCUAAUUCAGUUGUACGGAACAUACUACCUGUUCGUCGAACAACCCUAACUUAUGUCAUCUCAUGCUCAGGAGAAACUCUACUGUGUUGCGCGAUAGUAAGUACAGUACCAUAAGUUAUUAUUUCUUGUAGCGUGCUUCUUGGUUGCGAGGUAGUCGCAUUGCCUCGUCGCGUUCGCAAUCAUGUCAUAAGCUUAUCAAUCCUUAGCGGCAUGCUUAGCCUUUCUUAACUCCGUCACUGCAAUCAUGCAGCGAACGGACUCGUUCUCUCGGCGCUUUAAGGAGGACACGGAAUGACCGCUGCUCCUUCUUAUCCUCGUAGCCGCAGCACGGGCCAAUCUAACAGCUACAGACCAGCUGACGCGGGUUACAACAGCUACAGUAACUACGAGCCAGAUGCGGGGGGUGACAACUUCGACUUCGAGGAGACCACGUGGUCUCCCGCCCUCUCUUUCCGGCGGCGAAAUCGCGCGAGAUCGACCCACCCGUAACAACCAUCGGCGGACGCUGUCCGUGUCGUCCGCCCUGCGGCCUCAAAUCUACCACAACUUCCACGACGCGGGCGAGAGCCAGGGCGUAGGCGGGAGCGUGCUGGGGCUCUACGGAGAGCUGGGCAGCGCGGAAGGGGACCUUUUGCGGCAGCGGAGCGAGAAGGCCGCGCGGAUCCCGUCUUCGGCUUCCACUCCCAACGCGUACGGCCACAGAGGUCGGUCGUCGAUCGCGGCGUCGCUGGAUGCGACAGGCAGCAGCAGCAUGGGCAGCGCCAUGGCAGCGCCAUGGG